UACCAUCAAAUAAUAGUUCCUUUUGAAACUAGCCAAAAAGCACAAUCCGGAUCACCCAAGUAUACCAAUCUAUACAUAUAUCCUCAUAUUAUCAUCAUCAUCAUAGAAUUUGAAGCCGUUCGUUUAAAUAUGCAGGUGGAUUUGCCAAACAUCGAACAAAAGUACUACCCACUAAUAACAGGCUUAUUACUAGCUUUCUUAUCCUUCUAUUAUUUAUGGGUAUCCAUUACAAGGCGAAGCAGGAAUUCAAAAUCCAAAUUACGGCCUCCGGAAGUUGCAGGUUCAUGGCCUAUAGUGGGUCAUCUUCCACAGCUAGUAGGAUCUACACCUUUGUUCAAAACCCUUGCUAACAUGUCUGAAAAAUACGGACCUGUCUUCAUGGUCCGGUUUGGUAUGCACCCAACCUUGGUUGUGAGUAGUUGGGAGAUGUCUAAGGAAUGCUUCACCACCAACGACAAGUUCCUUGCCAGUCGUCCACCUAGUGCUUCAGCCAAGUACCUCGCUUAUGAUCACGCCAUGUUUGGUUUUUCGUUUUACGGUCCUUAUUGGCGUGAGACACGAAAGAUCUCUACUCUCCAAUUACUCACACAUAAGCGGCUCGAGUCGCUCAAGCAUAUCCCCUACUUUGAGAUCAACAGCUGCGUGAAAACAUUAUAUGCCCGUUGGGUGAAAACGCAAAGCCAGAUAAAGCAAAAUGUUGCAGGUGCAGCUGAAGAUUUUGUUAAAGUCGACAUGACAGAAAUGUUUGGACAUCUAACCUUGAAUGUGGUGUUGAGGUUCGUUGUUGGAAAGCCUGUCUUUGUCCACAAAGAUAAUGAUCAAAACGAGGAUUGCCAGAACGAAGAGGAAUUAGAGGGUCUAAAGCUUCAUAAGACUAUCGUAGAGUUCUUUGAACUAUCAGGCGCUUCAGUGGCAUCUGAUGUUCUUCCAUACCUUGGGUGGCUUGAUGUGGAUGGACAAAAGAAACGCAUGAAGAAGAUAGCCAAAGAGAUGGACUUGAUUGCUGAAAAAUGGCUUGAAGAGCACCGACAAAAAAAGAGACUUCAACCACUAUCAAGCCCAACAUCAAUGGGCAUAAAUCAUGAUGAUGAGAAUGACUUCAUGGCCGUGUUGCUAUCAGUUCUUGAUGAAGGAAAGGAUGAUCUCUUCUUCGGUUACAAUCGGGACAUUGUCAUAAAAGCCACAUGUUUGACACUUAUCUUGGCUGCCACAGACACCACUUCAGUGACAUUGGCAUGGGCUCUCUCGCUACUACUCACCAAUCCUAGAGUCUUGAGGAAGGUUCAAGAUGAGCUUGACACAGUAGUUGGAAAGGAACGAAACGUAGAAGAUCGAGACGUCAAUGACCUGGUUUAUCUCCAAGCAGUCAUCAAGGAAACUCUCCGGUUGUAUCCUGCUGGCCCACUGGCCGUACCCCAUGAGGCUAUUGAAAACUGUAAUGUGGGUGGGUAUGAAGUGAAAUCAGGGACACGUUUGUUGGUUAACUUGUGGAAAAUUCAUCGUGAUCCUCGAGUAUGGUCAAACCCAUUGGAGUUUAAGCCAGACAGGUUUCUUCCACAACAGGAUGGUGGUACCGGUGAAGCUUCUAAGUUGGACUUUAAAGGUCAAGACUUUGUGUAUACACCAUUUGGUUCAGGACGGAGGAUGUGCCCAGGGAUCAACUUUGCCAGCCAGACGCUUCACAUGACUCUGGCUCGGCUACUCCAUGCAUUUGAUUUUGACAUUGGGUCAAAUGGACUAGUAAUAGACAUGACAGAAGGUUCAGGUUUAACAAUGCCCAAAGUAACCCCACUAGAAGUUCACCUUCGCCCACGCCUUCCUAUCACACUUUACUAGAAGUACUACCAAGGAUACCAGAGGAAAUGCUACUAUUAUAACUGCAUUUACUUCUUGUUACGGCAUAUGAAGGUGAAAUUUCAAUGGCUGGUGGUGUUAUUGCAAUAUAGAGCUUCAAACUAGAAAUGGUAUGUUCAGGAAGGUGAAUAUUUUUUAGUUUAAACAAGAAAUUUUGAUCAGACAUCUCAUUUGGAUUCUGUGGGUGAUAUGAUCAUUUUCUAAAGAGAAGCACGGUAAGUAGAGCAUUUGAUGCGAAUA